CUCAAAUACUGUAUAUAUCUGUUGCCAGUGCCAACUUGAUUCCAAUUCCCAGACGCACAACAAAUUUAACCAGGUACCCAUUAUGGAAAAUGUGGAAUAUAAUAAUAUAUAUGAAAACAUCGAUACAAGGAUGUAUGAAAUUCCAGCUCUGGAAGAAGAAGAAGAUAGACAAAUUUAUGAUCAUAUUAAUGAAGACCAGAAGUCUUUUUCUUGUACUACCAUGCUUGGCAGCAUAGAUAUGGGAUAUCAAGAAAGCCCAGAAAACAGCCAAACAAAUUCGUUGUCCUCUCGGUAUGAGUAUGAUGGGGAUGAAGAAAGUGAUUCUUCUGAACGAGAUACUCCAGAAGACCAGCGAAGGCAGGGAAAGCGAGAACUGCUGAGUCCAAGUCUGUCCGUUGAGCAGAUAGAAAGAAUGCGAUUGGCAUUGUCUCCAACUGAUUUCUUUCUGAAGAAUAUCCAGGGUAAUAUCAAGAAUACAAUCAGAUUUCCUUGCAACAGUAAUUCGGAAGAAAAUAACGCUCAAGAAGAGGCUCAUCAGAUUUUUGUCUUUGUUAAGGCCGGUGUAGAUGGAGAAAGCAUUGGGAACUGUCCUUUCUCACAGCGCCUUUUCAUGAUCCUUUGGCUCAAAGGGGUUGUUUUCAAUGUGACCACAGUCGAUCUGAAAAGAAAGCCUGCUGAUUUACAUAAUUUAGCUCCUGGUACCCAUCCGCCAUUCCUCACUUUUGAUGGAGAUGUCAAGACAGAUGUUAACAAAAUUGAAGAAUUUUUGGAAGAAACCCUUUCUCCUCCAAAGUAUCCUAAGCUUGCUGCCAAGCACCGUGAAUCCAAUACUGCUGGCAUAGAUAUCUUCUCUAAAUUCUCUGCAUUUAUCAAAAACACAAAACAGCAAGACAACACAAGUUUGGAAAGAGGUUUGACAAAAGCUCUAAAGAAGCUGGAUGAGUAUCUGAAGAAUCCUUUGCCUGAAGAAAUUAAUGCAAGCAGUGCGGAGGAAGACAAAGUAUCAAAACGCAAGUUCCUGGAUGGGGAUGAGUUGACCCUUGCUGACUGCAACCUCCUGCCUAAACUCCAUGUUGUCAAGAUUGUAACAAAGAAAUAUCGCAACUAUGAGUUCCCAGCAGAGAUGAUUGGACUUUGGCGAUACCUGAAAAAUGCUUAUUCUCGGGAUGAAUUCAUCAACACUUGUGCUGCUGACAAAGAAAUUGAAAUAGCCUAUGCAGAUGUAGCCAAGCGGCUUAGCAAAUCCUAAUUAAAAUCUUCAAGACCAAUUUUA